GACCUCACCAAUGUGCAAGGCGACAUUCUCCUCGACGGUCUCCCCAAAGAGGUCGAGACCUUCUGGUUCUUCGACAUCGUCGAUGCCACCAAGUUCUGCAAGAACCUUCGCGUCGUGGCCAACAGGGAGAUUUCCAGCACGCAGGAUGUGCGAGAGAAGCGUGGUGAGAUCAAGGCUUUCAAGCAGCAGGGCAAAGCCGCGGGAGGAUUGCAGGUUCCGACUGUUGGAGCGAAUAUUUCGUUCUCGGCGAAGGGGUUGAAGAAGAUCUCUCCUGUCGUCGGCCUCAACCUCACCACCAACGACCAAGACUUUGAAGCCGGCAUGCGGGCCACUGCCGUCGAUAAGCUGGCCGAUCCCAAGUCUCCUAUGAGCAGCGACCCCAUCUGGGACCCGGAGUGGCAUGGCCAUGAGAUCCACGGCGUACUGCUGGUGGCAGGGAACACGCCUGCUCUGGUGAAGGAGAAACUCGAUCGCAUCGUCAAGUUGUUCGACGGCUCGAUCAAGUUGGCAUUCAAGCUUGAUGGACAAGUCAGACCGGGCGAGCAGAAGGGACAUGAGCACUUCGGCUACAAAGACGGCGUCUCCCAACCCGCCAUCUCCAAUAUUCCCAACCUCACCCAAGACGAGGCCUUCGUCCCACCCGGUCAAGACACAAUCGACCAAGGCGCAAUCCUCUGCGGCCGACCCGGCGACACUCAAGCCUCCACCCGUCAACCCUGGAUGGUUGAUGGCAGCUUCCUCGCCUUCCGCAAACUGAAACAAAACGUUCAGGACUGGGACAAGUUCCUC